AUGUUCAAUUAAUCAGAAUUGCUGAGUUAGAGAGGAUCCUAUGCGUAAGCAUCAAGUUACACAAAAGAGAUCAAUAAAAUUGAAUCGAUUGUUCCUACUGAUUCAAUCAAAUUAGGUUAAUAAUAUUAACAAUAUUAAAAACAAUUAUCCAGACCCAUCUGCAAUUCUUAAUAAGUGCAUGUUACAUAAAAAGCUGUACUUUUUGAGCUGCUAAAAAAUUAAACUGCUUAUAGAGAUGCAAUUAAAAUUUCUCUGUGCUUAUAAAUCCAUUUUUAGAAACUAAAAAUGGCAAGAUAUUUUUGGCUUAACUCAUCCAGUUCCCUCGAAUCCAAGUUAUACGACCUUUAAAAAGAAAUAUUACAGUAAAAGCACUUUAAUUUAAAAAUGUUCUGCAACCACUUGUUGAAGAAGCUGAUGGGAAAUGUAUUUGAAUCUAAUCUUGUUAGAGAAUGUGUGAAUGGUACAUCUGGAAUUUGCAUAACAACAGACUCAUCCUUAAAUUUCAAAUAAAAUCUGUGCUAAAUUUAUCAGUAAUUAAAUUCAAAUCGUUAAUACAAACCGAGCACUAUUGGGAGUUAACAUUUGCAAAGACAAUACUGUUGGUACUAAUAGUAACUUUGGAUAUGGUUAACUCUUGUAUUGAUGACGGCAUCAAUUAUCACACAAAAGCACAUGCGAUAAAUCUAGAACCCAAAGUUGGAAGUUACUCUUAAUGUAUUGAUGAAAUUGCAUAUGAAUUGAAGCCACUUCAGGAACUACUGCCACAGAAAAAUAACUAUUGAUUAACAAUUUUGCUGCUGUAAUUAAGGAUAAGAUUGCAUGUCUAUUAGCAUAAAGAAGAUUUAAAUGAACUUCUGCAACUAGUACUCUUGCCAAUUCUUUUGCUGAUCUUACUUGUGAAUCUUUUAAUUCUUAAUCUGGCGAAUGCUAAUAUUUCCUUAUUUGAAAUGGUAAAAGAUAUAAAAUUUACAGAAAUUCUUCAGAUAAAUGUAACAGAGUUUAAGACCUUACCUUAAUCACAAUCCUUUUUUUUAUAGUCUUACAUAUACUGGAGGAAUUCCAAGAUCAGUUAUUAUGGUGCUGCAGUUGUCACUCCAAAAAAAUACUACAAAUUGGAAUCCUAUAGGAUACUUUUUAGGUGA